UGCCUGCGUCUUGCACCACCGCUGCCUACCCAGGGCUCGUCACCGCUCUCGCCAUGUGUUAUGUACUCGGCUCUAUCGACCAAGCUACGGGCACAUGUCGUAUGUGCAAGGUAUUCAAGCCGAGUAGUGGGAGAUGUCCCCACCUUACAGAGGUCUGCCGGAAUCGUGCUACACACCCCAGGGGUGACGUAGUCUAUAUGAAGAAUGCAGAGGUUCAAACAUUCAAUGGAUGUGGCUUCUGCAAGUGGGCACGCACCAAUCCCCUUCCGAAAUCCUCAGGCUAUGCGAAUGCAGGUUGGCCAGGCUGCUGCAGACCGCCUUUGAGCCAUGAGCAAAGGCUGAUCCCCGCUGCCGAUUGGCCCGCUGUCAGUCGAGUCCAUCACGUCCCCAUUCCUCCCGAUGUCAAGGCUCUUCUGGAGAGUCUGACGAAUCCUCAACGAGGUGGUCCGUUUGUCCCCGGCAAUCGUAGCUCCCCUCCGUCUCAGCCCUCUUCGUUAUCGCGCAGAAGUGGUGGCGGCGCUGCGUUGGCUGGUCGCACAGACAAUAAUCCAGCGCAAAAUGCCGUCGUUGCCACCCCUAGAAAUCGCAGUCGAGGUUCCCCCCAGCAGUCUGUCGCGUCGCUCUCGAGCUCAACCUCACGCAACUCGGGGAGUGACGACGGCACUCCUCCUCCAUCUGCCCCUCCUGCGACAGAGCAGAAGAACAGCCCACGUCGCCCAAGCAUCGAAAUGCAGCUUGAAAAGCGCCGGGAUACUUCCCGCGAGGCCAGGCAUUCUCCAGGUCGGAAGUCCAUAGAACUGAGCAGUUCUCUUUCUCGGAAAGGCUCAAAUCCGAAGGCAUCCGUAUCCGCCACCGUCUCCUCAACUGCCGUCCGGCAAAAAAUUGCGCGUCCGUCACUUGAUUCUGUCACAGCAGAUCCUGACUCAAAUUUCGUCGAUACCAACCCCGAGCAUAGUCAGCAAGACACGUCUUCGGCCGCUGAUCGCCGCCGUCGGCCUUCGCUCAACGAUGCGUUUGCCGGCAUGAACGUCUCCGGUGAUUCAUAUGCUUCCAGCAGCGACAGUGGUGGCAGCGAGACCACGGUGACAUCGGACGGAGGCUUCACCGACUACUUAUCCGAUGAAUCGGAGGCGGAGUUGCAGCGUCAAGCGGAGCUGAAGGCUGCUAUGAUUGCACAGACUCACAUGGAGGAGCAGGAGUUCAGGGCGGCGCGGCAGCAGCUCGCGAGCAUUGAUUUACGGCCACCGAAAUCUUGGACGCGUACUUAAUGCCAAACGUAUGUCCACCAGCCUCAAGCUUCCAACGGCCGUACAAUCCAUGCCCAUAUAAAGUCGAUAAAAUGACUACGUGUACGCACGUGUCCCCUGUAACACAGCUCCAUCGGCACAACGGGCUAACUAACGACUGCUGUGAUGCCGAGGACGCUAGGGUAACACCUACAUUCCCAGACUGUGGCACACGAACUCUCCUCCCUUCUUUCCUGUACUUUUCGUUCCCG